GGCUCCUUCAGGGCUGAGUGAUCCCGCGUGUCUUGCGCUCGGUGGAAAUGCCCAGCCGAGGGACGCGACCAGAGGACAGCUCUGUGCUGAUCUUCACCGACAAUUCGACCCCACACAAGGAGGAUCUUAGCAGCAAGAUUAAAGAACAAAAAAUUGUGGUGGAUGAACUUUCUAACCUUAAGAAAAAUAGGAAAGUAUAUAGGCAACAACAGAACAGCAAUAUAUUCUUUCUUGCAGACCGAACAGAAAUGCUGUCUGAGAGCAAAAAUAUAUUGGAUGAACUGAAAAAAGAAUACCAAGAAAUAGAAAACUUAGAGAAGACCAAAAUCAAGAAAUAGUCAACCUGAUUUCACAUAACAAUGUGUGGCAUUUGUUGUUCUGUAAACUUUUCUGCUGAGCAUUUUAGUCAAGAUUUAAAAGAGGACUUACUAUAUAAUCUUAAACAGCGGGGACCCAAUAGUAGUAAACAAUUGUUAAAGUCUGAUGUUAACUACCAGUGUUUAUUUUCUGGUCACGUCCUACACUUGAGGGGUGUUUUGACUACCCAGCCUGUGGAAGAUGAAAGAGGCAAUGUGUUUCUAUGGAAUGGAGAAAUUUUUAGUGGAAUAAAGGUUGAAGCUGAAGAGAA